AAUCAGGACAAAAGAAAUCAAGAUUUCUUUGGUCAAUUAAAUGCUGUGCCACCUCACAGGUAGAAUUUCUGAACGCAUCCUGACGUGUCGAUAAAGUAUUUGCGCAUGCGCGCGGUAACCUCGUGUAGAGAUACUAGAGGGAUUCGAAGGAUUGCUUCAUUUAUUCUUUUUCGAGUUGUUCCACGUGGUGAUAGUAAAGAUGUCUAAGGAAGAGGAAAUGGAAUUUCUUACGCACGAUACAAACUCUUCCGACUUAAACUGUCCAUUGAGAUUGCCGGAGACAAUCCAUUUCGCGAAAGAGGAAGAGAAGACGCUGGAAAAAUGGAAGACAAGGGAAACGUUCGAGAAGAGCAUGCAGUUGUCGCGAGACAGGCCCAGGUAUUCGUUUUACGAUGGACCGCCAUUCGCCACCGGUUUACCUCAUUACGGACAUAUCUUAGCCGGCACUAUAAAAGACAUCGUGACGAGGUACGCGUAUCAGUGCGGCUAUCACGUGGAGCGUCGAUUCGGUUGGGAUUGUCAUGGAUUACCGGUGGAGAAUGAGAUAGAUAAGGAGUAUAACAUCAAGGGACCCGACGACGUAGCCAAAAUGGGCAUCAAAGAGUACAACCUCAAGUGUCGUAAAAUCGUGAUGAGAUACGCCGACGAAUGGGAAAAGAUCAUCACACGAGUAGGUCGAUGGAUAGAUUUCUCCAACGAUUACAAAACCAUGUAUUCAUGGUACAUGGAGUCCAUUUGGUACAUUUUUAAGCAGUUGUAUAAUAAAGGUCUUGUUUAUAAGAGUUCCAAGGUGAUGCCUUAUUCCACUGCUUGUAAUACAGUAUUGUCAAACUUCGAAGCGGGUCAGAAUUACAAAGAUGUUGUCGAUCCAUCCGUAGUGGUGGCCUUUCCUUUGCUCGCCGAGCCAGGUGUGUCCCUGCUGGCAUGGACGACCACUCCCUGGACGUUACCUAGUAAUUUGACGCUGUGCGUCAAUCCUACUUUUGAAUAUGUAGAGGUGAAGGAUAAUGCUUCCGGUAAUAUUUACAUCAUAUUAGAGGCUCAAUUGAAACUUGUUUUUAAAUCCCCAGAUCUUUACACUAUACUAGGUAAGAGGAAGGGCGUGGAUCUGAAAGGAAAGGAGUAUGAACCACCAUUUCCAUAUUUCAAGCAUCAUAGAGAGAAGGGUGCUUUCAAAGUAUUGAACGAUACUUAUGUCACAGCGGAGACAGGAACUGGUGUCGUCCACCAAGCUCCAUACUUUGGUGAAGAUGAUUAUCGAUGCUGUCUAGAAGCUGGUGUAAUAACCAAAGAACAGAAAAUUGUAUGUCCUGUAGACAGCUGUGGUCGCUUUGUAGAACCAGUUCGUGAUUUUCUUGGCAUGUAUGUCAAGGAUGCAGAUAAAGAGAUAAUCAAAUAUCUUAAAGCUAAUAAGAAAUUGAUCGUAAAUAGUACAGUGAAACACAGUUAUCCGUUUUGCUGGAGAACUGACACACCGCUCAUUUACAAAGCCGUACCUUCUUGGUUCCUCAGGGUAGAAUUGAUCAAAGAACAGUUAUUGACGGCAAAUAACGCAACUUAUUGGGUACCCAAUUAUGUGAAGGAGAAACGAUUCGGCAAUUGGCUGCGUGAUGCCCGCGACUGGGCCAUCAGCAGAAAUCGUUACUGGGGCAAUCCUAUACCGCUGUGGAUCUCCGAUGACCAGGAAGAAAUUGUGUGCAUAGGCAGCAUUGAAGAGCUGGAACAAUUGACGGGCACAAAAAUAACGGACAUUCAUCGAGAGAGCAUUGAUCAUUUGGAGAUACCGUCGAGACGAUCCGGGCAUCCGCCGUUGCGUCGCAUACCCGAGGUUUUCGAUUGCUGGUUCGAAUCCGGUUCCAUGCCGUAUGCACAAGUGCAUUAUCCGUUCAAGCAACAAGAAGAUUUCGACAAAUGUUUCCCGGCGGACUUUAUCGCCGAGGGGAUUGAUCAGACGCGCGGUUGGUUCUACACACUUCUGGUGAUAUCUACCGCGUUGUUUGGUAAAGCGCCAUACAAGAAUCUCGUUGUCAACGGUUUGAUCCUCGCGUCUGAUGGCCAGAAGAUGUCGAAACGUAAAAAGAAUUAUCCUGAUCCGCUGGAUAUAAUCAGUAAAUAUGGAGCGGAUGCCCUACGGCUCUAUCUCAUCAAUUCGCCAGUCGUAAGAGCUGACAAUUUGCGAUUCAAAGAGGAGGGUGUCCGAGAUAUUAUCAAGGAUGUUCUUUUACCUUGGUACAACGCAUUCCGGUUUCUUGUACAAAAUAUUGAUCAAUUCGAGAGAGAGGUGAAAGAAAGAUUUGUGUUUGACGAAACAAAUCUUACUUACUCUGACAAUAUAAUGGACAAAUGGAUUAUAUCUUUCACCCAGACGCUAUUGGUUUUCGUGGGGAAAGAGAUGACGGAAUACAGAUUGUACACUGUAGUACCUUACUUAAUAAAAUAUAUAGAUAAUCUUACAAACUGGUACGUAAGAAUGAAUAGGAAACGUAUCAAGAACGAAGAUGGCUAUGAUGAUUGUAAGAAUGCGUUGAAAACUCUAUUUCUGGUUAUUUACACAAUGGUACGAGUCUAUGCACCAUUUACUCCAUUUAUAACAGAAUAUAUGUUUAACUGGUUGUCAAGGUGGUUGCAUAUGGAGGCUAACACUAGUGUGCACUUUCAAAUGUUACCACAACCGUGUGAUCAUUUGAUAAAUAAUAGCAUAGAAAGGGCUGUAUCACACAUGCAGACUGUCAUCGAAUUGGCGCGUAUCGUGCGAGACAGAAAGACCAUACCCACGAAAUAUCCCUUGCGAGAAAUCGUAGUGAUUCAUCAGGAUGAGGAGGUAUUGAAGGAUAUUCUUCUGUUAAAAGCGUAUGUACUCGAAGAGCUCAACGUUAGAAAAUUAACAGUAACUAGCGACAAAGAGAAAUAUGGUGUGACUCUGAGAGCCGAACCGGAUCACAAGACUCUCGGUGCUCGCUUGAAAGGUGAAUUCAAACAGAUUAUGCAGGCCAUCAAAGAACUGUCCGACGAACAAUUGCAAAAGUUCGUCGCCACGAAGGAGAUUAUUGUGGAGGGUCAUAAACUUGAAGAGCAGGAUCUGCGUCUGAUGUUCAACUUCACCGGUCCUACCGCCAAAGAAUUAUCGAAGCAAUACGAAGCUCACAAUGAAGGAAGCAUGUUAAUUCUCCUGGACAUCACUCGCGACGAAGAGCUAUAUAACGAGGGAAUAGCGCGGGAAGUAAUUAAUCGAGUACAGAAGAUGCGGAAGAAGACUAAUCUCAUACCAUCUGAUGAAGCUAUCGUGUUUUACGACUUCAAGGACAUGAAUAGUACAUUGGCCAAGGUGAUCAUCAGCCACAGGAAAUUCAUCGAAAACACGACCAAGACUCCGUUAAAAGAUAUUGCGGACUUUUCUCAGAAUACCAAUUACGUUACUCUUUCUAGUGAAAUGCAAACAAUCAAAGAGGAAAAAGUGAUGUUUUCGUUAGCUCGGAAACAAGCAGAAAUGCCCAAACAGAACGUAGAAAAUCGAAAACAGAAAGAAUCGCAGAGGGCUCAUGUCUUCAUGACGCUCAUAGGUUUACAACCGAGAUUCGAUGCGGCGAGAGUCAACGGUCAUAAAAACAUCGUCAAGAUUUGGUUGUGUGCUGAGCAACUUGGUAUCAUCACGCAUGAACGUCUGAAACAGGAGAUUGAGUUAGUAUUCGGUAUUUAUGGUUGUUCGUACGACUUGUAUCUCAACAAUGAAAAAUUUACCGUAACAAUCGAUAAUACGCCGGUAAAUAUAAACUUAUUAAACGGACAGACAAUAAAAGUCGUGAAACCAGGAAUGCCAUUGUCAUCCGACUAAUGACACUUUAUUAUUUGAUAUUAUCAAAAUGACAAAUUGAGAAAGAAUAAAGCAGUAAAUCUCAUAAAUAAAUAUUAUUAUUAUAUUUUAUAAUAUGUAAGUUCCUAAAAAAGAGAUAAUGUUUUACAAUACACUUCUUAAAUUAGGUAAAUGUUGAGUGAGAUAUUCUAAGAUAUUCAGUUUUUUGUUUAUUAAUGAAAAUAUUGUAAACCAUAAGAGACUAUUUAUCUCUUAAGUUAAUAUUGCAACAUGGUCUCUCUCUUUUUUAACAUAUACAUAAUGAUUUAAUAUUUAACUUAACAUCAUUAUGCACAGAUACAGUCUCCUUCAAUAAAAAUUAUAUUCAUA